AUGUUUCGCCAAAGAACAAGCGCCCAGAAGCCUGGCGAUGAACUGCUGGCCACUUUCAGAAAGCAGUUCCCUGAGGUAGCUGCCACAACCGCCGCACCGGCUGGUGUUCCGCAGGCUGCCGUCGACAACGCCGCCGUUGCACCCAUCCCAGGCGUUCCACUCCCUGGGUUCCAAGAAAGAAGCCAUAGUCUCAGUCAUGAAGCUUUCAGGGACCAAGAUCCGACGCCGAGAGCGACGAAUGAGCCGUGGAGGUUCACUCCAUCACUGCUUGAUCCCAACUCGUUCUCCUUCACCAACUUUGCCAAUGCGCCGCCUGGCUACUACACUCCCACCCCGGGCGGCACCAACACCAUCUACCACCCUCAAGCCGGUGACUUGCACACGCCCACGCUGGGUCUCGGUAUGGGUCUCGGGACCCCGCUGUCGAUGCCCACGUCGGAGGGCGCGAUGAACUCCGGACCUGCCAUGAUGGACCUCGCUGGUUUCCAAGGGAUGCAUCCCCAGCACUUCCAGCAACAGUUCCAUCCCUUCAUCCAGCCUCCUGCGCCUCAGCAAUCCUUCGCACCGUCGACCUUUGUGCACCAGGAUACCGGCUACGAGACGAUGGAACAGGAUGGAUCGCCUAUGAAUUCUGAUCCGUCUGAAGAGAGGAUGACCUCAAUCGACAGCGCGUUUCACAACUCACCCAUGGUUGGUUUCCAACAAGGACGCCAGUUCAGCGGCAUGCCCAUGGCUGCCGCGCUCCCGCCAUCUGCCGAGAAGUUUCGAUUCCACGCGACUCUAAAUGCGCCAACCGCCAUGAUCAAGCACGCAGAUGAGAUCCCGGUAACUUAUCUCAACAAAGGCCAGGCCUACUCCCUUUCUAUCGUGGACACUAAUGCGACUAUUCCCGUCGCUCCGGGCACCAAAUUCCGCACAUUUGUCCGCAUUUCCUUCGAAGAUGAGCAGCAGCGACAGAAGCCUGGGGUAUGCUGGGCCCUGUGGAAGGAGGGAAGAGGCACGAACGAGGCCCACCAGAGAGGCGGGAAGCUGCAAGCUGUGGAAUAUGUUGAGGCUGGACAACCCACCGAGGGCGACGACAAGAGAACUCGCAUUGAGCUUGAAUCUGCAUCAUUCGACGGGUUUUCCGUGGUUUGGACUCCCGGUAUCAACGGCGGCCCCGAAUGCAACAUUGCCGUCAGAUUCAACUUCUUGUCCACCGACUUCAGUCACUCGAAGGGCGUGAAGGGUAUCCCGGUUCGACUUUGCGCCAAAACCCAGACUUUCCCUUCGGAUCCUACCCAGCCAGCGGCAGACGCCAACCCCGAGAUCUGCUUCUGCAAGGUAAAGUUAUUCCGCGACCACGGUGCCGAACGAAAGCUUUCCAACGAUGUUGCGCACGUCAAGAAGACGAUUGAUAAGCUCAAGCAGCAAAUCGCUCAGGCGGAGAGCGGCAUGAAGGACUUUGGCAAGCGCAAGAGAUCGUCGGCAUCGCAGGUCAAGGGAUCAGACCAGCGACCAGGCAAGGUGCAGAAGCACAAGCGGACGUGGUCGAUGUCUUCAACCAGUUCGGCGGGCGGCACCCGCCCUCCGCUAGAAGAAGACUUACACUACAAGCUCCAGACACUGCAGGACAUGUUUACGAGCACCAGACCCGUCAGCGUAUUGUAUCUCCGUGGCGAAGAUCUCGACGACCCCGAUGCCCAUCCUGUGUCUCUGCCCGGAGAGCAGGGCGGCGAAGUCACAAAGGUGGAAUCUCGUGAAGGGCCCGCGUGGCAAGCACGCAGCGGACGCAGCUCUGUUGCAGGCUCUUCUCUGGUGUCGCCUUCACCUAGCUCUUUGUCUCUUGCAUCACAAGCGUCGGCAGUGCCCAACCGACAAUGGUCAGGUUUUGACGGCGAAGGAUCUGGUGAGCCUGCAUCGCGACAGGGCUCAGACCAGCCUACAAAGGUCAGCAAGACGGAUGAUGCCGGCAACUUGAGCGGGUGGAUCGAGGCCCUCGGAGUCGACCCAUCUUACCGACCCCCUCCGGAGCGUGUUGCAAAGCCCGUCGCCUGCUUUUACGUCAUCCGACCUAGCCCCUCUGAGCCGGAGAAGCGAGACUACUACAGGGCGAUCUACUUGGCCCAGCGUAACUUGAAAGAUUUCAACUAUCGCGUCGCCGCAAAGUGGAACAUUGACCCGUCGAAGAUCCUCCGCACCGUCCAUGUCCUGGAUCGUGGCCUCGAAGUCGAAAUGGAUGACGAUGUCAUUGCCGAACUGAGAGAAGGCCAGGAUAUGAGGCUCGAGAUCAAAGAGCUCGCGGAUGAAGUCCAACCAAAGCGAGAGUGGGACAUGGUUGUCGACCCGAGCGAGGGAGACACUAUGGACCAGCCAUCUUCGCAAGGAGGCUUUGAAUUGCGCCUCAACUUCUAA